GAUGCCAUGGACAGUACAGAGUCUGGGUUGGCAGAGGAGGGUCCAGAUGUCUUGGAUUCUAUAUACCUGAGGACUGGUGCUGGACACUGGAGACCCCAGGACAUGACCUCUCACCUCCAGACCACACAGAACAGCUUCCACCUCUCUCAGGUGCUUCUUUCGCAUAGUGAUGAUGAGGAGGAGGAGGAGGGGGAGGGGGAGGCCUGCUGCCCUGGGGCCAAGAGGAGGUCCAUGUGGGGACUCCUCUGCACCUCCUGGUCCUCCUGGCCUGUCAGACACGAGUCGGGGUGAGAAGGAUCUUCUCUCCACCUCUCUGGAGGCUAAGUACCUCUCUCAGAGCUUCCACCCGGAGGAGGACUCUCACUCUGACAGCGACUGGAACCACUGUCCUGAUAACCUGGACUUCCAACCGGCCUCUCCCAGUGUGGUCUACCAGAACGAGGAGGGGAAGUGGGUGACUGAUCUGGCUUACUACUCGUCCUUUGAGAAGGAGGUGGAUGGGAAGCAGCUUCCGGAGGCAGCAGACCAGUUCCAGGCUGAGGACUUCGUUCCAGGCAGUAACGCCAUAGAGAAGAUCAUAGAGGACCAGAAGGUGUUUGAGAAGGAGAACCGGUUCAUGCAGGAGGAGGUGAUGACGUCGGACUCCACCAGUCCAGGUCUCCUAUCCGACACGUCCUGGAGACUCCCGGCCAGCAGCCACAUCCUGAUGAGGGCCAGCCAGGUGUCCCAGGACCUGGACAGAGGGAACCAGAGUUAUCUCCGUCUGUCUCUGGGGACCUUCUUCCAGCAGCGCUCUGAGGCCCUGGGCUGUCUAGGGGACGACAGGGAGGACGAUACAGUCAAACGGCCGUCGUUUGGUUACGUCAUCACCUCUCCAGAGAAGAGGGAACCAUUUCCUCUGAUUCAACCAUCAGACUUCCUGUCUCAGGACAGCUCGGUCCGCAGCGACACCGACCACGACCGCACCAUGAACACAGAGGACUUGGACAAGACUGUGGAGGCAGCUCCAGACAGGGUGUCACCGACAGGAGAUGAAGAGCCAGAGCCUUGUGAAUCAGUCUCCCCCCUCCCUGAGGCCCUGCUCUCCCCCAGCCAGACCCUUCCCUCAGCCUCCCCUCUCCCUGAGGCCCUGCUCUCCCCCAGCCAGACCCUUCCCUCAGUCUCCCCCCUCCCUGAGGCCCUGCUCUCCCCCAGCCAGACCCUUCCCUCAGCCUCCCCUCUCCCUGAGGCCCUGCUCUCCCCCAGCCAGACCCUUCCCUCAGCCUCCCCCGGCAGCCUGGACCCCAGCCCCAGCAGCGGCACAGACCAGUCUAACCUCGUGUUGUCUAUCAGCACCAUUGCCUCGGCCAUCGCAGAUGCCUCCAUCUCCUCGGAGCCCUCCCAGCUGGCGGCCAUGAUCAUGGAGCUUUCAAAGAGGAGUCGGAUCCAGAGGCAACGCCAGAAAGGUCUGCCGCGUCCAGCCCCAGCCUCUGUCCUGGAAGAACAAACUCCCAGCCCUAACCGGGUUGAACUGGACCAGCCCAGUCCUAACCGGGUUCAACUGGACCAACGGGGGGACCUGCUGGAGGCUCUACAGAGGAGCCAGUGUGCCGGGGACCUGCUGGAGGCUCUACAGAGGAGCCAGUGUGCCGGGGACCUGCUGGAGGCUCUACAGAGGAGCCAGUGUGCCGGGGACCUGCUGGAGGCUCUACAGAGGAGCCAGUGUGCCGGGGACCUGCUGGAGGCUCUACAGAGGAGCCAGUGUGCCGGGGGACCUGCUGGAGGCUCUACAGAGGAGCCAGUGUGCCGGGGACCUGCUGGAGGCUCUACAGAGGAGCCAGUGUGCCGGGGACCUGCUGGAGGCCUUCGACAUUGCUGGGCCGACAGCCUCAACUCCUCCCACAGGAAGUCCCAGGCAGCGUCACUUGUUGUUACUGUGGAGAACGAGAGCUCGGGUUAUCAACACCAGGCUACCGAAUACCAGGCUAUCGCCAAGGGAGAUAUCUCCUCAUCCUCUGGCGUGGAGGCUAAGGCGGGUUUGACACAAGGUUACCCUGCUGCUACGACCCGUCCGGUCUCUGCUGGGCUACAUCCAGGUUCUGACCAGAGUGGACCAGGACCAGCUAACAAGACGGAUGUGAGGAGGAGUUCCAUCCCUCGUCCCAGAUUCAGCUCCAUCCCUACAGCCUCUGGUAACCCAGGGAGAAGGUCUGUGGGCUCUGGUCAGUUCUCCUCAACCACCUCCACAGCCAAACCAGCUGCUGACAGGAAGUCUGCAGGGAAUAAUAACAGUGAGCCCCAACCAGCUGGUGUACUGAGCAGGAGCAGCACAGAGAGUGGUGGGGCUGAACUAGGAGUAGUCCGUCCAACACCCAACAACACCCCAGCCCAGAAGAUAGAGGACCGCUCCGCAGCUCCUGCCCCAGGUCCUAAGACCUCCCCUGGUCUGAGGAAGGGUCAGUCAGGGCCGCUGUCCCUCAGAGACAUCACAUCGCCCUCCCAGAGAGCCAGGAGGACCACGGUGAAGACCGGGAGCAGUACAGCCCAGCAGGAGAAACCCGGUGGCCUGGAGGAGAGUGGUGGAGAAGCUCCUCUCGGCGCUGCGACCAGACAUGUUGGUUUUACUUCCUCCUGUCACAGCCCCCAGCCUGCUGCUGCACACAGGGUGGACGGCCUGUGUGUCCCCCUCCUCCAGUGUCGGGGACAGGAGACCCCCAGUGAUCUCUCUCCUCCACAGUCCCAGUCCGAGUGGAGUUGUUCCAGUCCCAGUCUCAGCAGGCUGACGUACAUCUCUCUGAAUGACGGCACGGCUCUCGACAGCACCGGCAUCCCAACUCCUGACAGACACAAGAGUAAUGGCACCAUGUCUCUGAGCACCACUAUCAUCAGGGCCAGUCCCACCCCUGCAGUAGAAGGGGCUGAUACCCAGAAUCCUUCAGGUCAGGAUCUACCUCCUAACCGCUCUACAGACGUCCUCUGUCCUCCUAGACAGUCCAAGAGCCCAGAGUCUCCUCGCCGCUCUAACGGUCCUCGUAGUGGCUCGGUAGACUUGCGGAGUGGUUCAGGUCUGGGCUGUACACGCAGCCAGAGUGAGUGUAACUAUCACUGUGGGAAUAAUAGAGACUACAACCAGCAGAAACGCCACUCCGAACCCAACUCACACCACCUCGCCAAGGUGGAUUCUGGUUACUCCAGCAACCUGAACAUCCAGCAGCCCAGCGGUAUGGGGGGCCAGGGGAACCAGCAGUGGUCCGGGGUCUCAGCCCAGGGGAGUGAGGUCUAUCCUGGGGCCAGGACGGGCUUCAGCCUGCCUUCCUCCGAGGACCUGUGCUACAUGCCCAUCUCCAGCUUCAAGCCCCAGGGCUCCAUGGUGGACCUGCAUCCAGGGGUCCCCAGCCUCCUGACGGGGCGCUCCCUCUUCAGCUCCCAGCUGGCACAGCAGAACCUGGGUUCAGAUGGAGCUCUACACCCUGGUCUCUCUCUGCCUGCUCCCUACCACCACAUGGCAGCAGCAGGGAACGGCCUGUACGGUCACGCUCUGUCCUCACGGUUAGGACCCAACGUUGAUCCCUCAGUCAGACACCUCCACAGCUCUGGGGGUCUGGGUGUCUCUGGGCCUGGUGGACCAGGAGGUCCUGGGGGUCUGUACCACUGCUCUAACCCCCACCUCAAACCCUUGGACCCAGGACUGAUGGAGGAGAACCCCUACAGCCAGCGCUGUGUAGCCUCGUGGUCUAACGGCAGCCUUCCCGAACUCGCAGCCCAGGUCGUGAUCCCUGAGGAGCUGAGGUUCCCCCAUGCCUGCUGUGUGGGCAUCUCCUCUCAGACCUCACUGGGCAUCUUCAACCCCUCCGAGCGCUGGCAGCAGGUCUCCAUCACAGUCACCAGCCUGGCCAUCGACGGAGAGAAGUUUGAUUCAUUCCCGUACCAGUGGCUGAUAGUGAAGAACAAGACUAUCAUUGGCCCUAAGAGCACGGAGGAGCAGAAGGUGCUGUUCAUCCCACCUCAGGCCGGGGUUUACCAGGCUGUCCUCAGUGUCUCGUCCUGGCCUGCCUCCGCUGAGGCCCAGGCUGCCUCCCGCGCCGAGGUGUUCGCCAAGAGGGUGGUCCUCGUCGCCAUGGCAGAGAACCCUGCUCUGGAGGUGGAUGUAGGGAAGUGUGGCGGUCUGGAUUUUGGGGACCUGGCAGGUGGCUGUGCCAAAGCUCUGCCUCUGAAGCUGCUGAACAGGACUCAUGCUACUGUUCCUGUUCGACUGGUUAUCAGUGCUAACGCCACGGCCUGGCGCUGCUUCACUUUCUCCAAGAGUCCCGUUGCCAUGACAGCUGAGGGCUUGCUGCAGGCGGGGACUCUGACCUCACUGGCCGCUCCGUCCGUCAUGAACCACGUGAUGCACGCCAGCUACGGAGAGAAUCCAGAGAGCUUCAUGGUUUGGGUUCACUUCCACGCUCCACAGAAGUACCAGUCCUGUUCAGGUGCUCUCGGUCCAGCGGAUGAAUACAGUGCGCGGGUGGACAUCGAGGUGGACUGUCCGGGCCCCAGUCAUGUGAUCAGGAGCGUCCCUCUCAGAGCCAUCCGAACGGCCAGAGUACACGCCCCUAAAGACCUCCAGACUGUUAACCUCUCGGCAGCGAUUGGUCAGUCCAGCGAGCAGACUCUGCCUCUGAAGAACGCAGGCAACAUUGAUGUUCAGCUGAAACUCAAGAACAGCGGUGGUGAUGACUGUUUCUCUGUGAGUCCUGAGGAGCUGUGUCUGGUGCCGGGGGAGGAGCAAGGCAUUGUGGUCUCGUUCACCUCUCAGGGCGGCAGGAAGGACCGAGAGAGUGUCCUGACCAUCCUGGUGCUGCCGUCUGGUCCCCAGUACGAGGUGGUGCUGAAGGGACAGGUGGUACCAGAGGAGAGGGGUAACCCUGCUGCCGUACCCGGUCCUGCCUCUGCCCUGGGCUUGCUGCCCCCCAGUGAGGUGCCUCCCAUCCUCUCAAACAAGCAGUUGGUGGCCUGGGGAGGGGUCACGCUGGGCAGGGCUGUACAACAGAAGCUGGUUCUUCGUAACAACUCCCCCAACACAACACACCACCUGCGUCUGCUGAUCAGAGGACAAGAUCACAGCUGUUUCCAGCUCCAGAGUAGCUUUGGACAGGAGGAGAGGUUGACCAGACACAGAGAGCUGUCCAUCCGGCCCAGGGAGGAUGUUGUUGUCCACCUGCUGUUUGCCCCAACCCGGGUGGCCUGCGCCCUGUCCAAGCUGGAGAUCAAACAGUCUGGAGUACGACCCUCACAGCCUGGCAUCAAGUUCACUAUCCCCCUAUCAGGCUACGGAGGGACCAGUAACAUUGUUCUGGAAGACCACAGGAAGCGUUCAGACGGCUACGUGGCUAUGCUAAUGGGUGUGGCAGCAGGCCACGUCUCUAAGCUGUGUGUGUGUGUGAGAAACACUGGGUCCAGGGCUGCCUUCAUUAAGGCUGUUUCCUACUCUGACCUACACACACGCUCUGUCAUGGACUCCUCUGGCAUCAGCCUCUCUCCGUCUCAGUUCGUCCUGAAGGAGAGGACACAGGAGGUGAUCACGGUUCUGAUGAAGGUGACCCAGAGAGAGCAGACUCGGUGUCUGUCUGCUAAUGCCGUCCUGGCCACAGUCUGUCUCUUCUGUGGAGACGAGGUCUCGCGACAACAGUUCAGGAGGUUGCUGCUGUCGAAUCCCGAGGCCGGCAGGAAGAUCCUGUCCCAGAACAGUCUGUUGAGGACUCAACUUCAACGAGAGAUUCCUGGGGAGGAGCAGGUCCUGGAGGCCUACGACCUGCCCCAGAGCCCCAACCAGGCCCAGCUGUUCUAUGGUAACCUGAGUAAGGUGGUGUUGUCAGUGCUGGGAAGCACAGAGACCUUGGACUCUGGAAGGAGCGGCCUCCAUGUCCAGCCAUCGUUAGCUGUCACCAGGAGAGGUUCGGAGGCUGACAGUGGUUUUGGAAACUCGGACCGUCACAUCAGCAACGUCUCUCUGGAUGUACUGCCUGUGAAGGGUCCUCAAGGCCCAGCGUUACCCAGGACGGAGGCCUCUCGGACGGGGACGGACCCAGGGGACCACAGGGACUCCUGGAGCCUCCAGCCUGGACAGCUGGUCCUCACCUCUCCCACUAUCGACGGACCCUCCAACACCAGACAUGUCCUGAUCCAGAACCACUCAGCAUCCAGAGAGAUGAGCUUUGAGUUGUCCUGGCCAGCCCACUGUCUCACCGUCACCCCACAACAUGGAGUCAUGGAACCACAGUCCCACCUCCAGAUCCUCAUCAGUCCUAAUCCGUCCCUAGCAACCAGGACUUCCAUGUUUCCAUGGAGUGGCCAGAUCUAUGUCCAGUGUGACAAUCAACAGAAGUUCAUCAAAAUCCAGAUUCGUCAGGACCUGGCUCUGGAUGUAUCAACCGCCCCAUCAGACCAGAGCCUGGCCCCCCUUCCCCCUCAGACUGCUAGCCCCAUGCCCACCACCAUGCUGCCCCCAUCAAACCAGAGCCUGGCCCCCCUUCCCCCUCAGACUGCUAGCCCCAUGCCCACCACCAUGCUGCCCCCUGCAGACCAACCCCCCCAGACCCAGACGGCUCCAGCCACGGUAGAGAUCAGUAACCGCACCAUCGUGUUUCCUGCCACGCCCUCAGGAGACGCCUCAGAGUCCUCUGUGGAGGUGGAGAAUAGAGGACAACAGGUGAGGUGGUACCUGUCUUCCUUCGCCCCUCCCUAUGUAAAGGGGGUGGACAGCAGUGGGGAUGUGUACCGGGCCACCUACACAGCUUUCAGGUGUCCCCGAGUCUCUGGAAUCCUGGGAGCUAACGACAAGAUGCAGGUGCCCAUCACCUUCUUGCCGAGGGACCGAGGGGACUAUGCUCAGUUCUGGGACCUGGAGUGUCACCCAGUGGCUGAGCCUCAGCACAAGACCAGGAUCCGCUUCCAGCUCUGUGGCACUGGUGUGAAGGUUGGUCCAGCGGCGGCUCCUCAGGAAGCAGACUGUUCUCUGGUGAAGACUGAAGCCUUUAAGACCAGGAGAAGACCUGACCCGGUCGCUGAUGGGGGCAUGACUGGUCAGGAGGAGCCUCUAUGUAGAGGGGUCUACGCCCCCCAGGACCACUACUCAUUCCCCCCUACCAGGGUGGGGGAGACCAGCACACUGAAGGUCAACAUGAGAAACAACUCCUUGGAAACGCAUGGGCUGAUGUUCCUAACCCCUAAAGAGCCCUUCCACAUCAAGCAUUCCAGAUAUUCCCUACGAUCCCAACGCUACAUCCACCUGCCAGUCCAGUUCAAGCCGGUUGUCACCGGCAACCACUCCAGCCAGCUGUUGGUUCAGACGGAUACCAGUGGAAACAUCGCUAUCCAGCUGACUGGUGAAGCCCUGGCCUGAGGACGUCUGGGUCAGGGAGGACUGCUGGGUCUGGGUCAGGGAGGACUGCUGGGUCUGGGUCAGGGAGGACUGCUGGGUCUGGGUCAGGGAGGACUGCUGGGUCUGGGUCAGGGAGGACUGCUGGGUCUGGGUCAGGGAGGACUUCUGGGUCAGGGAGGACUGCUGGGUCUGGGUCUGGGAGGACUGCUGGGUCUGG